AUGGGGAUGGUGACAGGUCCCCCCCAGGACCCCCACCCCAUGGGGGGACACUACCAGUUCCGUGUCAUCGUGCUGGGGGACGCGGCGGUGGGGAAGUCCUCGCUGCUGCGCUGCUUCACCGAGGGUCCCUCUGGGGGGGUGGCCACCCCCUGCCCCACACCCUCUGGGGGGGCAGCCACCCCCUGCCCCACGGUCGGCGUGGAGUUCUACAGCCGCACCGUCCCCCUGUCACCCACCAGCACGGCCAAGCUGCAGCUCUGGGACACGGCCGGCCAGGAGAGGUUCAGGUCCAUCACCAGGUCCUUCUACCGGAGCGCGGCGGGGGUGCUGCUGGUCUUUGACCUCACCAACCGGGCCUCCUUCGAGCGCGUCCCCGAGUGGCACCGCGAGGCCGCGGGGGACCCUCACCCCCCCACCUUCGUCCUGGUGGGACACAAGUGUGACCUGGAGGCCGAGCGAGCCGUGUCGGCGGAGGAGGCCGGGCACUUGGCCACCACCCUGGGCAUGGUGGCCUUCGUGGAGACCUCGGCCCUCAGCAACCUCAACGUGGAGCUGGCCUUCCAGACGUUGGCGGGGGGCAUCCAGCGGGCGCUGGGCCGGGGGGGGGACACCCCUCUCCGGGGCUGUGGUGGCAUCAGGCUCAUCCCCAGCCAGAGCCACCCCCGGCCCCCGGCGCGGGGGGAGCCCCGGGAGCGCUGCCAGUGCUGA